UGUACUGUGUGUAUUAUGGCCCAAUAGGCCCAUGUAAGACAUCUAUAUAGCUACCCUCUAGGGUUAGCCCAUAAUCAAUCUAUUACCUUCUAAUAAGUCUGCCAAGAAUAUUUCUGGUCAUAGUUUGUUAGAAAGCAGAACUUCUUUUCUCGACAUGCACAACUCAUGCCAGAGUAUCAGAAUGUAGCAGCAGUACAGGAGCUUCAGGUUGCACUGGUAUAUAAAAGGGCAGCUCAUAAGCUUGAAGCAUUUCAGACCAACAUCUGUAUCUCUGAUGGUAAGAGUUGUAGUACACUAAACUCUUCCUUGCCUUCUGUGACAGUAUCAGGAGUUCAGUUUUCUCCAACAUCUUAUCUUCAGCACCUUCAUUAGUAGCCAUUGCAAGAUCAAGUAGACGUGGUGACCAUCAGAAUUCAGAAUUUAACUUUGGCAACUGAAUUUGAGAAUUGGAUGGAACCAAAUCUUGUUGCGAGAGCGAAGCAAGACUUGGUUUCCUCCAAUAUCUCAUGUUCAGUUGAUCAGAUGAUAUGUAGCGCAAGUAAUGCAGCUAGACUAAACUUCUCUGAAGAAUUUGGUUUCUGAAAGUGAAUGUUGGAGGGAACCAAAUCUCCAGCUAUGAACAAAGAUUUGGUGCCCUCCAAUCUCUCAUUUUCAACUGUCCCAGAGGGCACUUUGGGGGCGUUCUCAGGGUUAUGGGUUAUCAUUCAUGAGUAACCACACACACCAUUUUCAGUAUAGCACUGUAGCAAGGAGUGAACUCUCCCAUUUGGCAGUAGAAUAAUUUGCAUAUCUUGUGUUAUCAAAUUCAGUUAUGCAACAUUCAGAUUGGACUGAACCUCAUCUGAUAUCCAAUUCAGUUGUAGUCCUUAUUUCCCCUGGCCUGGUAAAAUACUUCAGAAAAUGUGUUCUCUGAAGAAUUGGAAGCUGAAAGUGAGUGUUGCAGGGAACCAAAUCUCCAGCUAUGCACAGGAUUUGGUGUCCUCCAAUCUCUCAUCUUCAACUGUCCCAGAUGCAACCUUGGAGGCGUUCUCAGGGUUAUGGAUUAUCAUCCAUGAGUAAUCACACACCUUUUUUCAAUAUAGAAAGGAGUGGACUCUUUGCAUCCAUUUGGCAGUACAAUAAUUUGCAUAUCUUGUGUUAUCAAAUUCAGUUAAGCAACAUUCAGAUUGGACUGAACCUCAUCUGAUAUCCAAUUCAGUUGUCGCCCUUAAUUCCCCUGGCCUGGCAAAAUACUUCAAAGAAAGUGUGCCCUCUAGCAAAACUGCCUUUUUAGUGUCUUUUGGAUAUGUCCUAGGUCUGGUACAAGAUCUUCAUUUAAUCAUAAUGAAAUAAAUUUGCAAUAAAAUUUAUAUAAAAGAUAAACAACUAGCUAUAGAAAGAUACUAGAAGUCUAGAACCCAACAUUUGGAUAUCCAUCAUACAUGACUGGGAUAAUUUCAGGACCAUUUAUGCAUGGAGCAUCAAUAAAAGAAUCCACUACUAGUCUACCAUACGUAUAUGUAUAUAUGUAUGUAUCUCAAAUGGUUGUAUGCAAAAGCAUUUUAAAGAAAGCCUAAUGCCAGCAAUGUCUCUCCUCGUCCGGAUUGUCGUGGCGCUCUCUAUCACUAUCAGCUUCACCGUCGUCGCCGGCAAUUGCCCCGGCGCCCGCAGGAACAUGACCAUAGAGGCAGCCUGCCACGAGGUGUGCGGCGCCGCGACGGCGCCGGCAAGGGGAAUGUACCAGCUCUGCGUGGACACGCUGCGCGAGGAGGACACCCUGGCCUGGUCGGUCGUCGACGAGGCCGGCGAGUACGCUCAACGCGCCGCGUGGCGGGCUAUAUGGGCGUACCUUGACACUAUGGGCCGGGCGUGGCACUUCAUCACCGGGAACACGACGGCGCUCGCCGGCGGCGAGGAAGAGAGGGCGGCGUACGCGUCCUGCGUCGGCGGCAGGUACCAGGAGGCCGAGGCGGCCAUGGACAAGGUCCGGAGCAGGCUGCCGGAUCACUGCGGCCCCGACGUCGCCGGCGAGUACAAGAGGGCGCUGCGUGACGUCGAGGCGUGCAGGGACCGCGUGGCCAAGCUGAAGCCGCCGCCGCCGCCGCUGCUCGCCAUGGUUGAGGCCGACUACAACAGGACCCUGCUGGCUUACCUGCUCGGUAAACUGAUAGGUGUAAAGUAGCGACUGCGCAUGUCAAGAGGUGACUAUAUAAAGAGACUGUUUCAGUCUCUUAAGGAUUGUACAACAUCAAAAAAAAUCUCUAUGAGAUCCCAUUGAGAUCCAAACAUGCAUAUUCUAGUGUGGAUUUUGGUAAAAACACACUAGACGGCAAAAGUUAUGGUAAUAAAGCGUAUGAACUGCAACUA